AUGUGUGGACCUCCGCUUCCAUCUAUUCCUGACCCAACCACCAUCAUCACUCUCCGUAAGCCUGGAUUAUCGUCUCCAACAGUUGAUGACAAUAUCUCGGGCAAACCCUCCACGAACCCCCUACCCCUUCCCGUCACAACCACUUCAGAGCAUUGGCUAUCAGAACACACAAAGGUGUCCUCCAGCUCAUCACACGUGUUCAUCACAGCAGGUCCCCCGGUCUUGACAUUACCAAGUAACCGCGUCACUACUGCCCCCGCCUCCGGCGACGGUACUGGCCAUGUUACAACGAUUGCCAAUAGCAAGCUGACGACUAGCAAUUCGGAGAAGUCGUCUGAUGCCAGCCGUGAUAGUCCAGGUGGAGAUGCCACCAUACCAAACACGCACAUUGUCUCCGUUUCAUCCGAGCCCUCCUCUGCCACCACUUUACCUGGUGGCCUGGUGACUACCAAUCCUUUCACCAAUACUUUCUCGACAGGAACAGAUCUCUCCGAGACAACCCACAAGUCCAUCACUGACUCUCUUGGGGGUGAUGAUAGGAGUAUCACUACAACAGUGACCCGCAGUACUAACGACUCUGGUCCCGCGGCUUCGACUUCAGAUCUAACUCGGCCCGGAAAUGAAACUCCUACACCUAUCUUAGCUCCGACUGGCACUCUCUCCACAGCACUGACCAAAACAGUCACUCCCAGCACGGCACCUUUCGCAACUGGGACACUAGAUUCCGUUCUUUCGUCUCAAGGUGUAACUGAUAGUGAGGAUCAAAGCCAAGACCCCAGUUCCAUUACAUCUGUUCCACCAAGAUUGGUCGACCCCGUCCAAGACACUCAGCAGUCGAGUCAUGCAGAGGCCACCAAGUCAAAUGAUCCCCUCCCUACUUCUCCCAUCACUAAGGACCGACUUACUACAGUCCCUGAGUCAACCGCCAAUCCCAUAACCACAUUACCCAAUGGUCAGGUUACGACUCUACCCGGGCAUAGUAACAGUGAUGUCACGAAAGCUCCAGAGUCCACUGAGACGGCUGGAGCCGUUCCGGUUAUUAUCCCAAUCACAAUACCAGUACCCGAUCCAGAGAGAAGCGAUAAUGGUAUCAAGAUUCCCUGCGACAUUAUUGACCCCGCCGGCAACCCAACAUUUUCCAGCAAGCCGGAUGACUGCAAGACUGAGUCAGCUGAGAUGUGCAUCACCACUACUUCUUACGAGGUUUCUGUUGAUGGAACUAUUACAUCCACGACAGAAAAGAGUGCUAUUUCCACUUGCGGCACCAUUUACGGUUGUGACGUAGACGGGGAGGAUUCCUCAAGAACUAUCUCUAAAACAACUACAGUUAGCAUCGAGACCCCUACUAUAACAGCCAUCAGGCUCAAGUGGGAGGAAUGGAACAUCGAUGAGUAUACAGAGGCACAGCUCAACCACAUAGCGGAUGCAGCACAAGCUCGGCUGGAUAAAAAGUUUGGCAGAUUCACGUCUCCUACAUCCCAAGUCACAACGACCGAAGCUACUACGGAGGCUUUCCCCACACUCACCCGAGCUCCUUCUAUUGGUGUUCCGACAUCGUCUGGCCUCUCUUGUGUUUCGACCGCCACUUACACAGAAUGUGUGGGCUCUGGUAACCAAGAAGCAUGUGUCGAGCAACCCAGUUGUGCAUCUUGGGUCAACACAGCAGCUGUUACAAUGACGACACCGGAGAUAACACCAUUCUGCGAUGCAGGCUACGAAACAUACUCAGCGACUGUUCAUGCAGCAAUACCAACUCAAGGCAGCCACCUGAAGUUCUUUAUCCCUAUAUCGGAUGACAAAGGAUCAGACUGGGACUUUGUGAUUGACGAUGAUAAUGUUAAAGAGGCCGUCAAGGGUUGGAAGGUUGGGAACGACGAUGACGAUAGCAUUGAGAGUGGAGAUGGCGGAAAGGGUCUUGAGAUCAAGUGGAAAGUUCCCGAUGAUUCUAGUGGAACUUAUGUUGAGCUUCUAUUCGGAGCCUCAGAUGUUGAUGAGAAAAGGUUCACCUUUACCGCAAAGGGCGGUAUUAUGCCGACGGUAUGGUGUGCACCCACUAUCCCUGCCACUCUCCCAACUGUGAGCAAGGACCCGCUCCUGAACCCCAAGCUGCCUGUGAGUUAG